UCUCAGUGCAGCAUGGCAGACAAGGCAGACCAACUUGGAGCCAUCUUGACUGUGUUGCUGACCCAUGGCGAUUCAGAGACUGAGGGGAAGAUUGCGACCUUGGAAGCAAACCUCAACAAGUGGUCAGAGGCUUUGGGGCACGAUGUUCUGGAAUACUUCACUUGGCCCCUUCCACCAGGAGCCAUCCAGGAGAAUGGGAACGUGAAGGUCCGUGAGGAGGCGUACUUGAACCAACAGCUGAGCAUUUUUCCCUUUCUGGCUGGUCAGUUCAGGGUGAAAGCCUUUGACAAGUUGAAGGAGGAGAUUCACAAGUCAGAGAAGGGCUUGGCUUGGAAGAUCCAUGUGAUUGACCAGGUGAACCGUACGCUUAUGGAGAGCGAUUGUGGAUUGCUUGCACCUAUCGCCAAUGAGAUUUGGAUUGCCACUCCAAUGUAUCCACAUGACGUGGUCCGCAAAUGGCGUGGGCCAUUCAGCCUCCAUGAAGAUGGAAUGUCCUUCCAGUACAACGUUACCGGGGUCUACUUGCAGCCAGCAUUCACAGUUCAAUUCGACCGACAUCUACCAGGUGUGAGAGAGAGGUUGUGA